AUGGUAUAUGCAAACUCAGAAGCUGAUUACCAUGAAGCAUAUGACAGUAUAGUGAAUAAUCAUGAGUUUCCUGAAUCCUUUAAAACAUAUUUUUUAAACAAUUGGCAUUCAUGUAAGGAACAAUGGUGUACAGCUUACCGAAAAAAUAAGUUAACACUAGGUAACAACACUAACAAUAGAAUUGAAAACUUUAAUCGACAGUUAAAAAAAAUUAUCAAACCUAAUAAGCAUUUGUCUGAAGCCAUUAAAAGACUUAAUGAUACCACAUUGAACAUUUCCAGUGACAAGGGCUAUAAACAAUACAGAGAGAUAGGUGUUCGAACAGUUGCCACAUCUGGAAUGCCUAAAGAAAUUGGACAGUCACUAACAAACUUUGCAACAGAUUUAGUCUCCUCGCAGUUUCUAAAGUAUUCAACCUAG